CUGUAAGUCUCGCGAUACUACCUCUUUUCUCCUUGAUGAGGAAGAGUCGCGGAAGAGGUAGAAGAUUUUCCUGACGGCUCAGCAAGCGACCCAUCAAGUUAGAUAAAACUACCCGGCGAACCAGCGUUUUAAGCAGCUUUACAGGUCGGAUAGACACCCGGACUGAAGGAUCACGAUGACAGCCGCACCUUACAACUACUCCUACAUCUUCAAAUACAUCAUCAUCGGUGAUAUGGGAGUCGGGAAGUCGUGUCUGCUGCAUCAGUUCACAGAGAAGAAGUUCAUGGCAGACUGUCCUCACACCAUCGGGGUGGAGUUCGGGACGAGGAUCAUGGAGGUCCACGGGCAGAAGGUGAAGCUGCAGAUAUGGGACACGGCAGGUCAGGAGCGGUUCAGGGCCGUCACCAGGUCCUACUACAGGGGGGCCGCCGGGGCCCUCAUGGUCUACGACAUCACCAGGAGAAGUACCUACAAUCACCUGAGCAGCUGGCUGACGGACGCCAGGAACCUGACCAACCCAAACACGGUGAUCAUUCUGAUCGGCAACAAGGCCGACCUGGAGGCUCAGAGAGACGUGACGUACGAGGAGGCCAAACAGUUUGCCGAGGAGAACGGUUUGCUGUUUCUGGAGGCCAGUGCCAAGACAGGCGAGAACGUGGAGGAGGCCUUCCUGGAGGCAGCGAAGAGGAUCUACCAGAACAUUCAAGAUGGCAGCCUGGACCUGAACGCCGCCGAGUCGGGAGUCCAGCACAAACCUUCGACACUGCAGGGGGGGCGCCCCAACCCCGACAACCAGCCAGCAAAGGAAGGCUGCAGCUGUUAACCUUGAACAGAAAGUACGAACGCAUCGAACAGACCGACACACGGACUCCGCCGGGCACUAACACUCACACCCAGAACCAGUCCACACUCAUCAUCGGCGCUGUCCACCCGCCGUUUUCUAAUCCAAAGCAAGAUUCAACAAUCCUCCAUCCGUUCGAGACUUUACCAACUCUGACC